CGCUGCCGCCGGAGAAGGAGGGAGGAGAAGCCCAGCAGCUGCCGCAGCAGAGCCGGAGCUAAGCCCAGAUUUUCUUGGGGAGGCUGAAACCUGGAAGGAUGCCACCCCCACGCAACUCCAAGAACGUGAGCACGAAACAGCCCUGGCCGGGCAGAGUGGCCGCUGUGGAAAACGCUCAAGUCGAGAAGGAGGAGAGCUCUCAGACAAAGCGGUCCCCCUCCUCACCCCAAGGCGCACCGAAAAAGCGCUCUGCUUUUGGGGAUAUCACCAAUGCUUACAAGUCGCGGCACUUUGGAGGGAGGAAGGAGACAGCAAAAGUGGUUUCCAAGAAGGCACCAAAGGGAUCGUCUGUGCUGGGCGUUGCGAAGAACAAUGAGGUCAACUUGAAAAAGUCCCUGAACAAAGUCCCCUCUGAGGAUGCACCAAGCGAAUCUGUGCCAGCUGAGUCUGACCAGAUCACCAGUCAGGGCUCGAUAGAGAAGGACGGUUCUUCGCUGACACCACUGGAACCAGCAGGGCAGGUGGUGCCAAUUGAAGACAUAGACAAGGGCCAACUGGUGGAUCCUUACUCCAGUGCAGAGUACGCCAAGGAUAUCUUCACCUACAUGCGGGAACGGGAGGAGAAUUUCUUGCUUCCAGACUAUAUGCAGAAUCAGCGGGACAUCACUACGGACAUGCGGGCCAUCCUGGUGGACUGGAUGGUGGAGGUGCAGGAGAACUUUGAGCUCACCCACGAGACGCUUUACCUGGCGGUUAAGCUGAUGGACCACUACCUGGUGAAGGUGACCAGCAUGCGGGACAAACUGCAGCUCAUUGGCUCCACGGCCAUCCUCAUCGCUUCCAAGUUUGAGGAGCGCUGCCCCCCCUGCGUGGAUGACUUCCUCUACAUCUGCGACGACGCCUACAAGAGAGAAGAGCUCCUCUCCAUGGAAGUGAGCAUCUUGCAAACGCUCCACUUCGACAUCAACAUCCCCAUCGCGUACCGCUUCCUCCGACGGUUUGCCAAGUGCGCCCACGCGACCAUGGAGACCCUGACGCUGGCCCGUUUCAUCUGUGAGCUCACCCUGCAGGAAUACGACUUUGUGCAGGAGAGUGCCUCUCGGCUAGCGGCCAGCUGCCUUCUCCUGGCACUUAAGAUGAAGAACCUCGGUGGCUGGAACCCCACGCUAGAAUAUUACAGUGGCUACAAAGCCCAGCAGCUUCCUCCUCUGGUGAAGAGGCUCAACUUCCUGCUGACUUAUCACCAUGACGACCGGCUCAAGGCUGUGCGCAGCAAAUACUCUCACCGGGUCUUCUUCGAGGUGGCGAAGCUGACGCCCAUGGACAUGCUGGAGCUUGAGGGAGCUUUGCAGAGCUAGCCCCGGCUGGCCAGGGCACGGGGGCCUCGGCAGGAGACCCUUGGCCCAAGACGCUGCAAAGGAGCCAGCGUGUAAAUACCCUGUAAAUAGAGGUGCACUCUUAGCCCGAGAGGCCUGUAUAUAACCU